ACUCGCGACCAUAGUCGUGGUGAUGACCGACCCCGGAACUCCUCCCGCUCUUGCGCUCCUCACGGUUUCCUCUUCUCUCGUCUCCGCCGCAAGCUAUCGAGCUACCUCGUCCCGACCUAAUUGUUUCCUCGGUCUCCAUCGGGGUUAAUGGCGGCUAGGCGAAGAGCCCUACUCUCCUUCUUGUCCUCCGGCGACCGAAUCAUGGAGUCGGUCCUCUCAAUCAGUUCUUGUCGCCCGGGAUGGCAUGCAGGGUUUAAGGUCGGAGGAUCUCUGCGGAGGUUUGGUAGCUCGAUGGCUCCGGAUGUGGAAGCCGACCAUCAUAAAUGUUCACUCGACAUGAUCAAAUUCGAGGAUGAAAUCGAGAAGAUCCAGCAUGAGUAUGAGGCGGCAAAGCGGAGCUUUCUUAACAUUCCCGUCGCGCUCAAGGAAAUGCCUAAGAUGAACCCGGAAGGUAUCUACGUGAAUAGGAACGUUAGGUUGGAUGAUAUACAAGUCUAUGGUUUUGAUUAUGACUACACAUUGGCUCAUUACUCGGAACACUUGCAAAGUUUGAUCUAUGACCUUGCAAAAAAGCAUCUUGUUAAUGAGCUUCGGUAUCCUGAAAGUUGCUUGCAAUUUGAGUACGAUCCAGCCUUUCCUAUCAGGGGCCUGUGCUAUGACAGACUCAGAGGAUGUCUUCUGAAGCUUGAUUUCUUUGGGUCCAUUGAGCCAGAUGGAUGCUUUUUUGGACGCCACAAGCUUAGCUUGGAGAAGAUAAAGGACAUGUAUGGCACUCGUCAUAUUGGUCGAGCUCAAGCACGUGUGCUUGUUGGUCUGAUGGAUUUUUUCUGUUUUAGUGAGGUAUGCCUAAUUGCAGAUAUCAUACAGCAUUUUGUAGAUGCCAAGUUAGAAUUUGAUGCUUCCAAUGUCUAUGAAGACAUAAGCCAAGCAAUUCAGCAUGUACAUAGAAGUGGCUUGCUUCACAAAGGGAUUCUUUCUGAUCCUACAAAGUACCUACUAAAAAAUAGUCAAGUGUUAGGCCUUCUAAAGAAGCUGAAAGCAAAGGGAAAGAAACUUUUUCUACUAACCAAUUCUCCAUACUAUUUUGUGGAUGGGGGCAUGCGUUUCAUGCUAGAGGACAAUAGUGGUGAGAGAAAUUCUUGGAGGGAACUUUUUGAUGUUGUGAUUGCUCAGGCUAAUAAGCCACACUUCUACACAUCUGAGCAUCCGUUCCGAUGCUAUGAUAUAGAGAAGGAUACUCUGGCUUUUACAGCUGUGGGAAAAUUUCUCCCUAGCCAAGUCUAUUAUCAUGGUUGCCUCAAAUCAUUUCUACAAAUUACAAAGUGGAAAGGACCUGAGGUAAUAUAUUUUGGUGAUCACUUGUUUAGUGACUUGAGGGGGCCUUCACAAGCUGGUUGGCGAACUGCUGCAAUCAUUCAUGAACUCGAGAGUGAGAUAAAGAUCCUAAAUGAUGAGAGCUACCGGUUUCAACAGGCAAAAUUCCACAUUAUUGAGGAGUUACUCAGCAAACUUUAUGCCACAGUGGUUAGCACAGAGAGAGGACCAGCUUACCGCAAACUGGCAGAUGAACUUAAUGUGGAAAGGCGACAUUGUCGAUCUACAAUGCGGAGUAUGUUCAAUAGUUUCUUCGGUGCAACAUUCCUCACUGACACUGGUCAUGAGUCAGCAUUUUCCUACCACAUCCAUCAAUAUGCAGAUGUAUAUACAAGUAAGCCUGAGAAUUUCCUAUCGCAUUCUCUCGACGAAUGGCUUCAUGUGCCGUAUGAUAUAAAGAUCAUGCCGCAUCAUGUGAAGGUGCCAUCAAGUUUAUGCAAAAUGCAGUAGCAAUUGGUGUCUCAUCGUACAAGGAAACCUGAAGUGCGCAUCGGAGAGAAUCGUCGUACUCAAAUCUCCACUGUAACAUGUGUUGCUAGCACAGGUGUUGAAAACUCAUCUGCUAAAAUUGCAGCUGGGAGUAAGUCAUUCCUCAGCCAGUAGGGUCUCCUUUCUUUAGAACUUGCAGAGCUUUUUUCCCAUGCUACAAGCUAGUUAAGAAAUCUGCAUGUUCAAUAAUUGUUACUUUCUGGAUGUGAACUAUCAUCGCAUCGGACUCCGACGUUAUUUCUAAUAAAAACACAAAGCUGUGACUCUCAGCACUUUGAUGUA